AUGACGCAUCAAAAUCACCAAACAAACGGUGCAAGUCUCGAGGAUUGCCACACAAACUUCUUCGCCUUGACGGAGUUGUAUGGCAUAAAAUGGCGUAAGCUGGUGUGGGGCGAGACGAGCGGCGCGUGCGGGGAGGGCGAGGAGGGCGCCGCGCCGCUCGCCGACCCCGUCAUCAGCAGCUACGCGCGCUGCCUGGCCGGGGACAUCCUGUGCGUGUGGCGGCGCGUGCCGGCCCCGCAGCCCCUCGACAUAGACAUCGGGCUGGCCGCGCCGCCGCCCCUCUCCCUGCGCGCCUCCAAGGAACUCUGGAUCUUCUGGUACGGCGAGGAGCCGGACCUCAACGGGCUCGUCGCACCAGAACUCAUCACGAGCCAAGGCGAUCAAGGUUCCUGGGAGAGCGGGCUGUCGUACGAGUGUCGCUCGCUGCUGUUCAAGGCGUUGCAUAAUUUGAUCGAAAGAUGUCUUCUGUCUCGCGACUUCGUUCGUCUCGGCAAGUGGUUCGUGCAGCCGUACGAUGGAGACGAGGAAGAUGUCGGCAAAAGCAGUCCGUGGCACCUGUCGUUCUCGUUCGCGUUCUUCCUUCACGGCGAGAGCACGGUGUGCGCCUCCGUGGACGUGCGACAACACCCGCCCGUCCGCACGCUCACCGCCAAGAGACUCGCGCGUCUGCACACGCCGCCCGCCGACCGCCGCGGGGACAACAAGGUGAUCCUGGCACCCUUCGGGCUGGAGGGACGCGUCACGGGCAGAGAGUGGGGCGAGAACGACCCCGCCACGGCGCGCCUGCUGGACGCGUGGCGGCAGCUGUACCCGCUGGAGCAGGGCUGCGGGGCCGUGGAGGUGGAGUGCGGCGGAGUACGCAUACCCUACCCCGCACCUUACGCGCUGCUCACCGAGAUGGAGACCUGCCGGGACGCCGCGCCGCCCGCCGCCGAGCUGGCCGCGCGCGCGCACUGGCCGCGCUCGCCACGCCGCACCCGCACCAGACGGCGGAGGUGUGUUACUCGGAGCCGGCGGGGCGACCCUAACGACGACUUCCUCGACCCCACCAGGAAGACCCCAUGUACCUGCGCCAAAGCUAGUGGUUGCGGCGCGGGGUGUGCGGGCGGAGGGGGCGCCUGCUCCCCCGGCAGCUGCGGGGCCUCGCCUGCCGCCGCCACCUCGCCCGCCGCCCUCACGCACGCGGCUCACGGACAACUCACCGCCCUGACGACGCACCAGCAGGUCAGCGUGCCCACGACGCUCCACACGCCGGCGCCGACGCCCGACCCGCUGGCGCCGCCCACCCCCCGCCCCGCCCUCCGCGCCGCCUCACAAGCUGUACGCGCAGGGCGAGUCUCCUGUAGGAGCGGGGGCGGGCCGUGCGCGGGCCAGGCUCCCCCCGAGGCGCUCCGGCGGCCAAGCCUGCCGCCGCCAGAGAAGAGGCUCGACCCGCUGGAGGACGAGCACUCGCUGCACAUGCUGUACGACUACACCACCGUGCACGCCUGGCUGGAGCACCCCUGUGAAAACGCUUCAAGAGCGGCGGCGAGCCUCCCAGCGAAGAAACAGGAUCAGGAGGAUGUGAAAGAGUACAAGAAUUUAUUCACGUCGGACGGUCUGUGUCCGACGCUAAAAGAUCUCGACCAAAUAUUCGACAACUCGGACGACGCGGCCAGCGGCGAUGAGACGUUGCAGGUUCAGACCCCGCCCGACUCCAACAAGUCGAGCGAGGAGGCGCGCGGUCUGAGCGGGCGCUGCGUGCGGGCCGAAGAGCUCAGCAAGAUGUUCCCCACGCCGCCCCAGCAUGGAGGCGCACGCGCAGCCCUCGCCGGGGUUUCUCCCCGCCCGACGACCACACGCAUCUCCACACGCACCCGCUGCGACCACACGGCUCGCCGCCGCCCGGACCCCGUCAUAGAGGACUGGUCGUACGUGUUUCAAGCCGCCCACGAUAUGCAAGUACGUGGGCUCGUCCAAGUACGCGCCGCUCACUGCGCUGCCGAGCCAGCUGCUGCCUCCCGUAGCGCUGCCCUCCACCGCCGUGUACCGUCCGCGGUGGCAGCGCGGCGAGGAAGCGAGACGACCACACGCAGGCAGGCGCACCGCUCGGACUCCGUCAGCGGCACCUCCGGCUCGUCCACGAACACCACCACCACCACGACGAGCGGGCGUCAAGCGGUCGUCGUCCAACACGGAGCGGGUGACAUCCAGCAGCAGCAGCGUCGCGGCGGAGUCCCGGCCGUCCCCCCCGCCGGCCGCCGGGCGCGCCCGCCUGCCCGCCGCCCCCGUCCCCCCCGCGCGCCCGCCCCCGCCUGCCCGCUGCUGCUCAACGUGCUGCUCGCAGACACCGUGCUCAACGUGUUCCGAGAGACCACAACUUCGACAGCUGCACGCUCUGCGUGUGUAACGCUGGAGCGAGGGACGGUGGGGCGGGGCUGUUUCUAUGAGGACGAGAUGGAGAUCACGGGCAUAGCGGAGGAGCCGGGCGGCGGCAGCGGCGGCGGGCUGGCGGGGACGUGGGCGGGGCUGGUGGUGGCCGCGUGCGCCGCGCCCGCCGGGGGAGCCGCCUCCGCGCUCACACGGGCCGCCAGGGGAGCCGCCGCGCCGCCGCUGGCCGACCACCUACGACUCAACCUGCUAGAGUACUCAGACGGCGGGGCGGCGGCGGCCCGCGCGCUCCGUGCGGCGGCCGGUAGCUCCGGCUCGUCCCUGCCGACCCCCAACAUCGCCACCGGUGCUAACAGCGCCGUCCACCGCUGGCCGUUCAUCGGGGCGCGCGCUCCGCGGUCCUCCAGGGGACGUUGUCAGACUGAUGCGUCGCCUGCGGCCGCUGCUGCAGGACGCCAUCCAGAAGCGUUGCUGCGGCGCGCGCAUGUGGGACGGCGUGUCGGGCCCGCUGACGUGGCGCCAGUUCCACCGGCUGGCCGGGGCGCGCGGGAACGAGGACCUGUGCGAGCCGCAGCCCGUGCCGCCGCUGCUGGUGGGCCACGACCGGGACUGGGUCUCGCUGUCGCCCUACGCGCUGCGCCACUGGGAGCGCUUGUCGCUGGAGCCCUACUCGUACGCCCGGGACGUGGCCUACGUGGUGCUGGCGGCGGACGGCGACGCGCUGUCCGAGCCGCUCAAGACCUUCUUCAGGGAAGUGUCGGCGUGUUACGAGGCCUGUCGGCUCGGCAGACAUCAACCGAUCACCAGGAUAGCCAGGGACGGGAUCGUGCGGACCGCGCCCGGCGACGGAGACCGAGAUACGAAUUAUGA